AUGACCCCCGCCUCACGCCGUCGCAGGCGUUCUGAUACCGACGAUGGCGACGACGAUGAAGACCGUUAUCAAAACCGAUCGCAAGCGACCGCUAUCGAUUCUCCCAAGCGACAACGACUCGACCCUGAUGCAACUGACGGUGCGAUCGAUGAUGAGCCUCAUGCGCGAGGAGUAAACGGCACUUCAAGCAGCGCCGAUGCCGACAACGGUUUCCAACCCGGCGCCAUCGUGAGGGUCAGCGUCGAAAACUUUGUCACCUACGAAAAGGCCGAAUUCUUGCCAGGACCGCAUUUGAACAUGGUGGUCGGCCCCAAUGGUACCGGAAAGAGUUCUCUGGUUUGCGCCAUCUGCCUCGGCUUAGGCUACAGUCCAAAACACCUUGGACGUGCCGGGUCAGUCAAGGAGUUUGUCAAGCAUGGAAAGGACACUGCGACUAUCGAGAUUGAACUUCAGAAGCGACCAAAGGAUCGAAGAAACUAUGUCAUCAAGGUCCAGAUCCGACGAGAACAAAAUACGCAAAAAUGGUGGAUGAACGGGAAGGAGACCAACCACAAGACUGUCCAGACGUUGAUGCGGAAGCUCAAGAUCCAGGUCGACAACCUGUGCCAAUUUCUACCACAGGAUAGGGUGGUAGAGUUCGCUGCCUGCACCCCUGUGGACCUCCUGCACGAGACCCUCCGCGCAGCUGCGCCUGAAGAGAUGCUCGACUGGCAGAAACAGCUACAAGACCUCCACAAGGACAAGAAGGAACUAGCCGAAGCUGUUAGCACCGACACGGAAACGCUAAAGAAUCUUGAGAACCGACAGCAGGGUCUCCAGGCGGAUGUGGACAGGAUCCGAGAGCGUGAGGAGAUCCAGGAGCAGAUCAAAAACCUCCAGUCGGCUUUGGUCCUUUCCAAGUACAACGAGGCCCGCGCAAAGUACCAAGAUGCCAGGGAGCGGAAAAAGAGCGCCGAGAACUCGUUAAGGCGCCUCGAGCGGGAAAGCGGCCCAUCCCUAGAGGCAGUCAACGACAAGCAGGUCUACGCACAACGGAUCGACGCCGCAAUUUCUGGAAGAAAGACGGCCAUGAAGAGUGCUGAGGACGCUGCAAAGAAGUUGGCGCGUGAUGUUAGCACUGCUACCGAGAAUCUCAAGUUGUUUGAGAGUAGACUCGAGUCUGAGCACAAGGCUUUCGACGGCAAGAAGAGAGAGCUCGCUCAGUCCAAGUCCAAGAUUACGUCCCUGCAGGCUGAUUUGAGGAACCGACCGGAAGAAUUCAACCCAUCAGAAUUCAACCAAAAGAUUCGUAGUGAAGAGCAUACACUCCGAGAACUGGAUGGCGAGAGACGCGAGUUGUCUACCCAACAUGCAGAGGUCAAAGCAAGAGGACGCUCCCUGAACGUACAGAUCAAAGAGGUCGAGCAAAACGUCGAGUCGUUCGAAACCAAGCAGGGCCAACAACUCAACUUCAUGAAGAGGCACUUCCCCGAGCUUGCAGCUGGCUGGGAUUGGAUCCAGCAGCAUAAGGCCGAGUUUGAAAAGGAGGUCUUUGGCCCUCCUAUGAUUAGCUGCUCCAUUAAGGAUGAGCGAUACUCUGACCAAGUCCAGUCGCUUCUCCAGGGCGAUGACUUUACUUGCUUCACAGCCCAGACAAAGAACGACUACAGAAAGUUGACUGACCAGCUCUAUCGCGUCCAAAGUUUGUCUGUCGUCAUCCGAACCUGCGCCCAGCCGUACAGUGCGUUUCAGCGACCUGUCAGUGCGGAUGAGGCAGCAGACAUGGGGCUCGAUGGGUUUGCCAUCGACUUCUUGGAGGGCCCCGAACCCGUACUGGCGAUGCUAUGCGCCGAGAAGAGGCUCCACCAGUCUGGCGUGUCUCUAAAAGACCACAGCGAUGCCCAGUACGACCGUCUAGUUAAGAGCGGCAAAGUUAACUCCUGGGCAGCGGGAAGCCAGUCGUUUACGGUGCGACGCCGCAGGGAAUACGGCCCUCAGGCAAUGACGGCCAUCACCAGACCCAUUCAGCCAGGCAAGUUCUGGACCUCGCAACCUGUCGACUCGCAGGAGAAGCAGGAGAUGAACAAGCGACUCGUCGAGCUCAAUGGCGAGCGAGACAUUCUGAAGGCCGAAUUCCGAGACCAGCAAGGCAAGCUCCAGGGCAUUGACGACCGAAAAGCUAGCAUCGAGGACACUAUUGAACGCUCCAAGGCGGCUCAUGAACAGGCCCUGCGCGAGAUCCGUAAGAGGAUGGUUGAGAUUCGCUACGAGUGGGAUGAGGCUGUCUUAAGCCGAGCAGAGCUUGUUCUCCGUCACAAGCAGGCAAUCGAGAAGAUUCGCAAGGCCCAUCAUGGUGUUCUGGAAGCAGAAAUCCGGCGGAUCGAGGCCCAAUCCGAUAUUGUCGGGUUGAAGGCACGAAACGCCGACAUCAUGGAGAAGCUCGAGACCGAGCGGCAAGCUCUGCAAGUGGCCGCUGAGGAGGCUGACCGAGCCCGGCAAGAAGGCAGGCAGCUCUCUGAGGCUGUUGAGCAGAUCCUCGCCGCCGAGCCCGACAAGCAUGAACUCUUCGGGCAGCUCUGUGAAAACAAGACCCCCGAGGACGUGGCGAAUGAGAUAUCAGCCGAAGAAGCCAAGCUUGAAUGCAUCCACGCCGCCAACCCCAACGUCGUCCGCGAGUUUGAGAAGCGUGCGCAGGAGAUUGCCCGGCUGACUCGUAAGAUGGCCAACGCGAACGAAAAGCUUCAGAGUUUGACUGAUAGCGUUGAGGAGCUCAUGGCCAAGUGGGAGCCAAAGCUCGACCAGCUGGUGUCGAGGAUUAACGAUGCCUUUGCCUACAACUUUGAGCAGAUCAGCUGCGCUGGUGAGGUUCGCGUUCACAAGGCCGAGGACUUUGAUGCCUGGGCCCUAGAUAUCAUGGUCCGCUUCCGUGAGAACGAGACUCUUCAGCAGUUGACGGCCCAUCGUCAGUCGGGUGGUGAACGCGCCGUCUCGACAAUCUUCUUCCUCAUGGCCCUCCAGUCCAUGGCCCAGUCUCCCUUCCGCGUCGUCGACGAGAUCAACCAAGGAAUGGACCCCCGCAACGAACGCAUGGUUCACGAGCGCAUGGUCGAGAUUGCCUGCCGCGAGCACUCGAGCCAAUACUUCCUCAUCACCCCCAAGCUUCUGACGGGCCUACGCUACGAUCCUAAGAUGCGUGUCCUUUGUAUCGCCAGCGGCGAGCACAUGCCCCGCGAGGGCCGCAAGCUCGACUUUAAGCGAUGCUUGAAGAUUCAGAAGAGCUUGAUGGCAGCAGCUGCUUGA